AUGGAGCCCCAACGCCGCUACAACGUUGAGCGCUCCUGUCUACGCUGCCACGAGCGCAAACUAAAAUGCGACAAAUCAACCCCUUGCAGCAGAUGCGUGCGACAAAACACAGCAUGCCAAUACCCCGGCCCGAGCCGGGUGAAGCGCCAACCCCCGAAGAAGAGUAUGACAGAUGUUGCAGCGCGGCUGGAACAGCUGGAGCGGUCUAUCGCCGCGAUGGUCAAUGAGCGACCGUGUGCACCGACGGAUAGCAGUUUGGAUAUUAAAUCCGACUUGACGGGUGGUACUGGUAACAGUGCAAGUUCAACCACAAGUACAAGUACAUUGCCAUCUAUUGUCAAAUCAGAUGUCCAAGCCAAAUCUAAACCACCAGAUCAAGGCUUUCUCUCAAAAGACGGCCGCUACAUUAAUGAACCUCUCCUCUCAAGAGUCCUCGACAAAGAGAAAGAACUCCAGUCUGCAAUCGGCUCGCCGAGCGAGCAUAGCAGUCCGCGCCGCCCACCAGUCUUGCGCGCAGAGGGUCUAAUAGCGAAUCCGCUGUUGACGCAGGUUGACCUGAAAGAGUUAUAUCCGAGUCGAUGGCAGGCGACAUUGCUUUGGCAGGCAUUCCUAAGCCGAGUUGAUCCGCUGGUUAAAGUACUGCACAUCCCAUCGACGCAGUCGCACAUUUUUGCUGCAAUUAAUCGGCCUGAGAGCGUGCGCUCUGAUGUUCGCGCACUUUUGUUUGCUAUCUAUUUUGCCGCUACUACGGCCUUUAUCUCCGAUGAUACUCAAAAUGAGAGCUUGCAUUUGGAUCUGAGGAAAUACCAGCAGGGGAUGGAGAUUUCGUUGUACCAGGCUGAGUUCCUGGAUGCGCCUACUAUUACAUCGUUGCAGGCAAUGGUCAUUUAUCAGACUUGCUUCCGCUAUAGUAAUAGCGGCCGAUCUGGCUGGACAUUACAGGGUAUGACCAUUCGAGCUGCGCAGUCAAUUGGUCUACAACGCGACGGCAAACAUUUCAAACUUCCUCAGUUGGAAUGUGAACUACGACGGCGACUUUGGUGGCAGAUCCAGUCUGCAGAUGAGCGCGUCGCAGAAGACCAUGGUCUGAGCGUCCCCGAAAAUGACCACGGUGAUACGGAAAUGCCCUUGAACAUCGAUGAUGGAAUCUUGACUGGGCUCAAUGACACCCCGGUCGAAUCCCAAGCCCAAUGGACGGCUAUGACCUAUGCACUCGUGAUAAUGGAAAUUAACAAAGGUCGACGAAUGCUGCUGCGCACCCUGGACGGAUCGACAGAUCCCACCCCAGCAAUCGAGGAAUUCAGGAAAGAGAUCCAUGAAAAAUAUCUCAGACAUGCCGAUUCCGAUAUCCCAAUCCAGCGUUUCGGUCUUCUACUAGGCCAACUCCUGCUCGCAAAAGCAGAGGUCUGCAUUCGACAGAGAAUCAUUCACUCUCAGGGUCCCACAUCGACAUCACUAGACCGUGGCAUCUCUCAAGGAUCCCUCGAUUUAGCCUGCCACGCCAUCGAAUUAGGACUCGAAAUCCACACCGACGAACUUCUCCGUGGAUUCAGAUGGUUAACAACAACAUUCACCGGAUAUCAUCCAUUAACCUACGUCCUCUGGACACUCUGCGUCUGUCCAACCGGCCCACACGUUGACAGAUCAUGGCGGGUCGUGAACAUGCUUUUCGAGAUAACGGAAGAUCCACAACUUCCCGAUCCUGGAGCUAAGUGGCCUAUGAUUGUGCAAUUGAGGGAGAAGGCUUUGCGCGUGAGACAGGCUCAUGAGGCUUUGCAGUCUAGCCAGCGUGUUGCCGAAGACACGGCUGUGUAUGAGAAUGGUGUUAACGGUACGAUGUGCUUGGAUGGUGGGUUUGAUAUGAAUGAUUGGGAUCCUAGCUUCAUUGAGAAUUCGGAUUGGAAUUAUUUGGCGCAUAAUCUUGCUUUGCUUAAUGGGGAGGCUUGA